AUGGCCGGCAUCAGUGCAGCGAUCAAGAAAGAUCACCGUGAGAUCGAGAAUUACUAUAAUAAAAUCCUCGCCUCUUCCACAGACAAAGAGAAGACUCAGUGGCAGAACCAAUUUGUAUGGGAGCUGGCUCGUCACUCUAUCGGCGAGGAGCUUGUCGUCUACCCUCAAUUCGAAAAGAAGCUACCUCAUGGUCAAGAUAUGGCGGACAAAGAUCGCCAAGAGCACCUCUUGGUCAAAGAACAACUCAAGGCUUUCCAAAAUAUGCGACCUUCCGAUCCUAAGUUUGAGCCUGCCCUUAAAGCUCUCAUGAAAGAUCUUUCUGAGCACAUCAAAGGGGAGGAAAGCAAUGACCUCCCUCAAUUAGAAGACAAUUUAUCGACCGAGGAGAGCGAAGAUCUGUCUAGAUCUUUUGGUAGGACUAAGAUCUUUGUUCCCUCGCGAUCACACCCGAGCGCUCCUGAUAAGCCUCCUUUCGAAACGGCCGUUGGGCUUAUGACGGCCCCUAUCGAUCAUCUCGCGGAUUUGUUCCGGUCGUGGCCGCAUACAUCCGGCAUGCCAAAUCCCUCUACUAAGUAG